AUGCCUAGGCAGUCUAUUAGCCUACGGCAUUUUACAAGGCACCUUUCAAGGUCCCUACUACGACUUCAGCUGCCCCGGAUAAACCAGGUGGGCAUCCAAUAUCUUUCCAAUGACCUACAGAAGAAGGUUUUUCCCAACACGUCACCCUCAGACUACUUGCAAUCACAGCACCCGCUCCUUCUCUCGUUGGUGGAAAGUCACUUGAAAAAUGCCGGUUUACUUAAUAAGAAGACCCAGAUCAACGACCCCAUCGUGAUUCCAAAUCUUCCAGAAUUGGUGGGAAAGAACACUCUAGAUGAACACUUUACAAGGAUCGGCUACCGCUACUCGCAGCCGUAUCUUUCUAUGGCAGAAGACUUUCUACUGCAAUCUAGAGACUCUCUACCUAAACCUGACAAUUGGCUCUUUGCUAGCGGCUGGACUCGCUAUGCCCCAGGCUGUGACCCAGAGAAGGUGGAUUUUCCGCUUGAAGAUGAAUUGGUUUUUGACGUAGAGGUGAUGUACAAGCGGUCGAACUAUGCGGUCAUGUGCACAGCCAUGUCCUCCAAGGCAUGGUAUGGCUGGGUGUCGCCGCUACUAACAGAAUAUGCAAACGAUCCUUCCUACUCAGAUUGGAACCAUUUUAUUCCUAUGAACACUCAUGCAUCGCCAAAACUUUUGGUGGGCUUCAAUGUCAGCUACGAUAGAGCAAGAAUCUUGGAAGAGUACUCGGUCAAACAGUCCAAAGCCUUUUUUCUUGAUGCCAUGUCAUUUCACAUUGCCCUCAGUGGAUUUUGCUCGCAACAGAGACCCACAUGGAACAAGUUUAGAAAACACAAGCAAGCCGUGGAGAAUGCAGAGCUGGAGUCUGAGUCCAUAGACUUUGAUCUGGACCCAGAAGACCCCUUGUCAGGUCUCUCUGCAUCUGAUGUGGCUCAGGAACUCAUGGAUGAUCCGUGGCUAAACAAGGGCUCGCUGAAUUCUCUUGCAAAUGUGGCAGAGUUCCAUUGCGGAAUAAAGAUGAAGAAGGACCUUAGAGACACCUUUUCCUCCACCAAUAUUUCCGAUGUCACAGAAAACUUCCAGGAAUUGAUGAACUACUGUGCGGAUGAUGUUAUUGCGACCUACAAAGUGUCUCAGAAACUCUUUCCUGAGUUCCGCAAGAAGAUUCCCCAUCCCGUCUCUUUUGCUGCUCUUCGACUGUUGGGUACCUUGUUUUUACCCACAUCCACGUCCUGGGACUCCUAUGUUAAUAGCGCAGAGUCUGUCUACCAAGAAAAUAGACAGCUGGUGGACAAAAUACUUCAGGAGCGAGUUAAUGAAUUAGUGCGAUACAUCCAUGAAAAUGACGACCUGCUCAAGCCAGAUACGGAGCUGGACCCGUGGCUCAAGCAACUCAAUUGGAAUAUCAAGCCGGAGCGUCUUAGAAAAGAUGGAACUCGUUAUGCUCGUCAAGCCUAUCUCACAGGAUACCCAGAAUGGUACAGAGACUUGUUCAAAACAACCACGGAAAAAGACGGCGAGAAGCUACGUGAGAUGAAUAUUACGGUGAGAACAAGAAUCACGCCUCUCCUCCUACGCCUCAAGUGGGAAGGAUAUCCAUUGAUCUGGACAGAAUCUGCCGGGUGGUGCUUUAAAGUACCAUACGAGGGCGAGGUCGUGGACAUAAUGCUAAAGAAAAAUUAUACAAAGGCCGAACUCAGUGAGGAAGAUUUUGAGAUGAUGAUGCCUGAGCUUCGCGAUAAUGGUAUUCCUCAUGAACUUUUUAAGGUGCCACAUCCAGAGGGAAACAAGAAGAGGUGCACGCUCAUUAUGUCAAAGAGUUACAUUAAAUAUUUUGACAACGGAGUUUUAACUUCAGAAUAUGAUUAUGCCAAGGAAAUUCUCAAUUUGAAUGCUACUGCUUCCUACUGGAUGGGAAACAGGGCCCGUAUCAUGGAUCAGUUCGUUGUGUACUGUGAUCCUAAAGGUGAGAAGAACAAGUUUUUCGAUACUAAAAAGGAUUGCAAGUCACACAAGGAAAUGGGAAUUAUCAUCCCGAAGCUCUGUGUGAUGGGAACUGUCACAAGACGUGCAACUGAGAAUACUUGGCUUACUGCUUCCAAUAGUAAGGCUAAUCGAAUUGGUUCUGAGCUCAAAGCGAUGAUAACGGCACCCAAGGGCUAUGCUUUCGUCGGUGCCGACGUUGACUCUGAAGAAUUAUGGAUAGCAUCUCUAAUUGGGGAUUCAAUGUUCCAGAUCCAUGGUGGAACAGCACUUGGGUGGAUGACACUUGAAGGGGAUAAGCAUGAGAAGACCGACCUCCAUUCCAAGACCGCAGAAAUCAUGGGUAUCCUGAGGAAUGAUGCCAAGGUUUUUAAUUACGGCCGUAUUUAUGGUGCUGGAGUGAAGUUCGCCACUAGAUUGUUGAAACAGUGUAACGCUUCCUUGAGCGAUGCUGAAGCUGAAGAGAAAGCACAAAAGCUUUAUGAACUGACCAAAGGUCAGGUCAGCCACUCAAAGUUGUUUCUGAGACGCAUUUACCAUGGAGGAACUGAGUCGGUGAUGUUUAAUGCACUUGAAUCCAUCGCUUAUCAAGAGAAUCCAAAGACACCUACACUUGGAGCAUCCAUUACUGAUGCACUCACACAGAGAAAUCUUAAUAAGAACAACUACCUCACGUCACGAAUUAACUGGACCAUUCAGAGCAGUGGUGUUGACUAUCUCCACCUAUUGAUCGUUUCCAUGGAGUACUUGAUUGAAAAGUUCAAAUUGGACGCAAGAUUGAUGAUCACUGUCCAUGAUGAGUUGCGUUACUUUGUAAGGGACGAUCAAAAAUUGCUCUGUGCUUUGUUACUCCAAAUCAGUAACUUAUGGACCAGAGCCAUGUUCUGCGAGCAACUUGGAAUUAGAGAACUACCGCAAUCUUGUGCUUUCUUCUCUGAGGUGGAUAUUGAUUUUGUACUCCGGAAAGAGGUUGGUAUGGAAUGUAUCACACCUUCGCACCCUACGCCAAUAUCUCCAGGAGAAUCCUAUGAUAUCAACAGCCUUUUGGAAGCUAUAGACCCUUCCAUUCUUGAGACGAAUAGAAGCAAUUUACAAUAUCUCAAGAAUCACAAAUUUGUUGCUCGCGAACCAGUGAUUAAGAGCUUGAAUGCUGGGACUAGCAGUGGAUUUACUAUCGCGAAAUUAGCGUUGGAGAAUUCGACUAGCAAGGAUGAAUGGAAGGCAAAUGUUUCCAAGAUUUACAAGGUGCAGAGGGGCGAUGAGGGUUUGGAGAUGAUUCAAAAGUCAUCUAGGGCCAAAGUUCUGAACAAGUCCCUGACCAAGCAACCAAAGCCACUCAAAUCAACAAAGACUUCUCCAUCAAAGGAAUCAACUAAAUCCCUGGUCAAGGUCUCCAAAUCUGCAAAGAAUACCACGAAAGUUCUGACAGAAGCUUCAGCAUCAACUUAUAAGAAGCCACCAGAAAAGACCUCCAAGUUGACGAGAAUGAUAUCUGAAGAAUAUGACUUGUAUAAGGAGGACGGGGAUGAAAUGCUACGCCGAGAGGUCGAAAAGAGUAUUGGCCCAAAACUACAAGGUGGCCAGCAUUCUAAGAAACCCUCCCUGGCUAAUGUCGGCUUGCUGAACAGCAAUGCUCCCAAGGGCCAAUCGGUGAUUGUAGGAGCUCGCGGGCCGAAAAUGACGAAAUUUUCCAAUCUUUUCGGCUAUACACCUUCCAAGUCCAAAUUGUCUGUCAAUCCGUCACCUGCUGGUACAGCCAAGUAUAAUUUUCACUCAAAGGCCGCUUCAACCCCCAAUCUUGAAUCCACUUCACAAGAGGGAAAAAUCAAACAGGGAUCAAGUAAAGUCUCUUCAAAAGAAUUCAAUCAUGGAUUUCCUCUCAUCCAGAAUUUCGGUUUUGCAAACGCACAACUCGCUUCACACCGCAAGGUGAAGCGAACUGGCUCUCUAAGACAAAAAUUUCAGACUAAGCAUAUACAUACUUUCAUUGGAGCCGAUGACAACUUCGAACGACGAUCGCAAGUCGAUGUCACUCUGGACACACUUGGUGCACAUCGCCGUCGUCGACGACGAGAAGACUAA